AUGGCUCCCAAGCGUGAUGCUUCUUCCAAGGCUGGUACUGAGCCUCAACGCAAACGAAGAAUGAUGACGAUUGCUGAGAAAGUGAAACGUCUGGAUAUGUUGAAUGAAGGGAGAACAUUCGCUGCCGGAGCCCGCCAUUUUAGCGUGAACGAAUCUAUCGUUCGCUACAUCAAGAAGGACGAGGCUAACAUUAGCAAGACGGCUGUCAUCACCUUUAAUAUGUCGGUGAAGAGAGUGGUUACGGCUCGUAAUACAGCGGUUGUCUUCUCUUCCCAUCCUCCGCGCGCUACAACCUGUUUCCGCUCAGUCAAUGAUGUCAUCAGCGUUUGCUGCAUCUCGUCACUGUUGCUUAUUUUAAAGGACGAGACACGAAACGGCAGGCAACCAUUUUCUUCUUUCUCUUUCGCAGACGACAGCUGUUUAUGCUCUUCUUUUCUUUCUUUAUUUAUUUCUUUAUUUCUUUCUGUCUGUCUAUGCAUCUGUCUGUCCGUCAUUAUAUGUAGGUGUAUAUCUCAACUUAGUUUUAUUCAUCUCCAUCUUUUUCAUUCUUUCAUUCUUUCUUUCUUUCUUUAUAUGUUGGUGUAUAUCUCUACUUACUUUGCUCCAUCUUUUUCUUUCUUUCUUUCUUUCUUUCUCCGAAUCUUUUUCUUUCUUUCGUCGAUUAUGUCUAUCUUUUUGUCGGUUUAUAUAUCCACUUACCUUUAUUUAGCCGCAUUUUUUUCUUUCCUUCUUCUAUCUGCCUUCCUAUCUAUCUAUCUAUCUAUCUAUCUAUCUAUCUAUCUAUCUAUCUAUCUAUCUAUCGAUUUCAUUGUUCAUAUCUAUCACAUACUAUUCAUAUCUAUCUAUCUAUCUAUCUAUCUAUCUAUCUAUCUAUCUCAUUGUUCAUAUCUAUCACAUACUAUUCAUAUCUAUCCAUCUAUCUAUCUAUCUAUCUAUCUAUCUAUCUAUCUAUCUAUCUAUCUAUCUCAUUGUUCAUAUCUAUCACAUACUAUUCAUAUCUAUCUAUCUAUCUAUCUAUCUAUCUAUCUAUCUAUCUAUCUCAUUGUUCAUAUCUAUCACAUACUAUUCAUAUCUAUCUAUCUCAUUGUUCAUAUCUAUCACAUACUAUUCAUAUCUAUCUAUCUAUCUAUCUAUCUAUCUAUCUAUCUAUCUAUCUAUCUCAUUGUUCAUAUCUAUCACAUACUAUUCAUAUCUAUCUAUCUAUCUAUCUAUCUAUCUAUCUAUCUAUCUCAUUGUUUAUAUCUAUCACAUACUAUUCAUAGCGAUCUAUCUAUGUAUCUUAUUGUUCAUAUCUAUCCAUUCUGUUCAUAUCUAUCUAUCUAUCUAUCUAUCUAUCUAUCUAUCUAUCUAUCUAUACGUAGUAAAAACUGGUAA